UUUUCUAUAGUUUGGCCACACUACUCCAGAGUAAAACUUUUCCGUGAACCCAAAAAUCAGGAUCAAAACAAACACGAAUAUCAGGAUCAAGGCAUACGAAAUCUCCAUUGAAUCACUUGACCAGACAAAUGAAUCGCUUUGCCUAUAUCGAGGCCCGCCUGAAUCCCAACGAAUCCUUUGUGAGCCGCGACCGCAAUGUAAAAAUCUAUGAUGGUGACCAAAAGACCGAGUUCGAGGAAGGCGAAGUGGUGCUGACCUCACAUCGCUUGUUUUGGGGACGUCCUGGUGAGAUUGCCCGGGCGGCUGUCACCCUUUGUUUGCCCCUCCAUUAUGUGAUAUCCUUGAGCGAGGAGACGACGGCGUCGAACUUUUUCGGGCGCAAGACCCGAAUUAUUAUGCAUUUGAGACCACCGCAGGCGGAUAAGGGUCCCGGUCCACUGGACACUAGUCGCGCGGCGCACAUCAAACUGUCGGGCAAAAAUGGUCUGAGUGUGGAAUUCCAUAGUGCCUUGCGUGAGACCAUCUCGGCCCGCGUCUGGGAGGUCAUGAUCACCAACGAGAUGGUUAUCAGUAGCCCUGAGAAUAAGGCGGCUUCUGGAUCCGAGGAUCGCUUGGCUCGCAUACAAAAACGCACAGGAAUCGGUGGCAUUGAACGUCAUCUGGAGGCCAAAGCCAAGGCUACAGAUGAAAACAUCGCUUUGGCCUUCCAAGAUCUUUCCGUUCUAAUGGCCAUGGCCAAGGAUAUGGUCGGCUUGUCCAAGACGAUCAGUGGGAAAAUACGCGAGCAGAAAGGUGAAAUCUCAGACGAUGAGACAGUGCGCUUUAAAUCCUACCUCCUCAGUCUUGGUAUCGAUGAUCCUGUGACCAGAGAUAAUUUCACCAGCAACACUGCCUAUUUCAAUAGUUUGGCUCAACAGAUAUGUGAGAUGCUGCUCGAUCCCAUCGAGGAACACGGAGGCAUGAUGUCACUGGCUGAUGUCUAUUGUCGUGUGAAUCGUGCUCGGGGCUUGGAAUUGCUAUCACCAGAGGAUUUACUGCAUGCCUGUGAGCAAUUGAGUGGCCCCAUACGCUUACGCAGCUUUCCCAGUGGUGCCAGAGUCUUACAGUUGGAGUCUCACGAUGAUGCCUUGAUAGCUAUCGAUACUUUGGAGCAAGUGCAGGCCGCCACCUCGUUGGCCGUUGAGGAAUUGGCCAAGAAUUUGGGCAUUUCAUUGUUAUUAGCCAAGGAGCGGCUAUUGGUGGCUGAGCGUUUGGGCAAAGUGUGCCGCGAUGAGUCCGUUGAGGGUUUGCGUUUCUAUCCAAAUCUCUUAUUGCAUCCCGUGGAAAACUAACUGUGAAUUGUUUUUUCUUGUGUGUAAUUUUAGAUAUGUAAAUGUUAAAUAAAUUAUUAGCUUUAUACAAUUGAAAA